UAUCAGUCGGCAUUCGAAGUGCAUCCAAGUGCAGCUGCGUUCUGUUGUCGUUGGUCGUGUGUAAAGUGUGAAAAACUUCACUAGAAAUUUGGCGGAAGUUUUUCAAGCUGUAACAGUUGGUAGUCAGAUUUACAGAAACGCCCUCCCGUCGCCAUGAAAAUAGAACUUCUUCUUCUGACGGUUCUCGUCGCGACGGCCCUCGCAGCACCGCAACGGACAGAGGCGGAGGCCGAAAUCAUAUCGCAAGAUAACAACAUCGAACCGGAUGGCAAUUAUCAGUACAGCUACGAAACGGCCAACGGAAUUCGGGGCCAGGAACAGGGAACGCUGAAGCAGUCGUCGAGCCCCGAUACCAGUGACGUCAUUAUUGCGUCGGGCUCCUACUCUUACACUUCGCCGGAAGGUGUGGUCAUAAACUUGAACUAUGCCGCCGACGAUGAGAACGGUUUCCAAGCACAAGGUGAGCAUUUGCCGACUCCCCCGCCAAUUCCACCGCAGAUCCAGCGAGCGUUGGACUAUCUGGCCCAGUUUGCAGCGAACAAUCGGCGACGCUAGAAUCGGUUGAACUAACUGCGCUGUCAUAGGACGUCUCUCUAUAGGCCAUAGGAAAAUACUCAGCUUAAUUUUUUGUUGUUGUUUGAUUUUUAUUUUUAUUGUUUGAAUGUGUGUUUUUGUGUUUGAUUUUGUAGCAAUUUUAAAAAGCAAAUCGAGGUAUUACCAUCAAAUGAAGACCUUUGAAAAAGUUUUUCGUGUUCAAUAAUUUUUGUAAAAUUGUAAAGAAUGUAAAAUCUUAGAAACUCCCUUGCCGACUAUCUACUUGUGUUC